AUGUUAAGAUUAAUUAAACUUUUGUUAACCAUAUACCUUAUAAUUUAUACAAUUUGUCAAUUGUUUGAAUUUUGCGAGUAUAUUUCAAAAAUUGAGUGUAUUUCAGAAAGCGAAUGUUUUACAGAACUUGAUUAUAUUUCAGAAAGCGAGUAUAUUUCAGAAAGUGAGUGUGGAACAACAACUCAACAACGUGAAUAUGUAAUCAAAGAUAUUACCCAUUUCGACUUUAAAAAAGUAUCUUCACCGGGUAGGCAUGUAUCGAGAGAUACUUCAACAUCACAAUUAGAACAAGUAAAAUCUCAUUCAGAAUUAGUAUUUCGUGUUGAUCUAACUACAGUCGAUGGUUGGAUUAAAUUGGGUUUUUCAAUAUUUGCUAUUUUGGUUAUGGGAUUAUUUAGUAAAAGUGCAGAAUAUGCAAUUAGUGCUUUGAUGGGAUAG